AUGUCCGCUUACACUGAAAAUCUGCAAUUCUCCCGGGAAGAUGUCGAGUUUGAGAUCCCCCAGGAUCUCCCGGAGAAGCUGAGAGAAGAACUCCGAAGAUUGGAACAGAUUUUUACCGUCAAUACGGCCAUGCUGAAGAAGAUCACGGAUCGGUUUGGUGAGGAGCUCGACGAAGGUCUCCGAAAACAUGAGUCAAAUGUCCCGAUGAAUAUAACAUGGGUUACUUCCUUCCCAACAGGACGCGAAACAGGUACUUAUCUCACCCUCGACCUGGGCGGAACCAAUCUCCGCGUCUGUCUCAUCACGCUCACCGGCACACCGGGAGGCUCCGACAUCACCCAGGAGAAGUACCAACUACCCAAGGAGAUCAAGACCGGCACGGCAGAUGAACUGUUCGAACACAUUGCCGACCGCCUCGGGGAUUUCGUGAAAAACCACGUAAAAUCCGAAAAAGUGAUGGGAGACGAGGGGAAAGUGCCGCUCGGGUUCACCUUCAGCUACCCAGCUACUCAAGACAGGAUUGACCACGGAGUCCUGCAGACGUGGACGAAGGGAUGGGACGUUAAAGGGGUGGAAGGUAACGACGCGGCGGAGAUGUUGAGGGGAGCUAUAGCCAAAAGGGACCUCCCGGUAAAGCUUGUCGCUCUGAUAAACGACACGACCGGCGCGCUCAUCGCUUCGGCAUACAACGACACCGAGACAAUCAUUGGCGCAAUUUUCGGAACGGGAUGUAACGCGGCAUACAUGGAACGAGCGUCUCGUAUACCAAAGCUGCACGGAAAGGGUCGAUCCUCGAACGGGACUAUGGCCGCGUCAGAGACCGAGAAAGGAGGGGCCGAUGACUCGCUCAUGGCUAUCAACUGCGAAUACGGCGCCUUUGACAACUCCCACUCGAUCCUGCCCAGGACGCGAUACGAUGAGUUGAUCGACGAGCAGUCUCCGCGGCCGGGAGAGCAGACGUUUGAGAAGAUGUCAGCGGGACUCUACCUGGGCGAGAUAUUCCGCCAGAUCCUCGUCGACCUGCACGCCCGAGGGGUGAUUCUCCAAGAUGCAAGACUCGACGACAAGCAGAAGGAACCCCUAGACACCCCUUACGCGAUCGACACGGAGUUCCUGUCCAACCUCGAGAACGACUCCUCGCCCUCCCUGUCCUCCUCGACCCGUGCCUUUGAAUCGACGCUCUCGAACCUGCGCCCCGCGCCGGCAGAAUUGGUCUUCUUCCAGGCUUUGGCAAAGCUCAUCGCCAUCCGCGGCGCCAGGCUCUGUGCGUGCGGCGUCUCCGCGAUCUGUCGAAGGAUCGGGACGCGGAAGGGCCAUGUCGCCGCGGACGGGAGCGUGGCGAUCAAACACCCCCGGUUCAAGGAGCGGUGGGAAGACGCGGUCAGGGAGAUUCUGGACAUGAAGAUGGGGGCCAAAGCGGCUGGGGGAGGGGAGGGAGGGUUGGAAGGAAUCGAGUUGACGAGCGCAGAGGAUGGGAGCGGCGUCGGGGCCGCCGUGAUUACUGCGUUGACUAUGGGGAGGACAGGUGGAAGAUGAAGCAGUAGUCGUUGCUGAUUGCCGCUAGCCACUACGAGGGAUAUGUUAACGCGUUUGAGCGACGCUGCAAGGUUGGAUUGUUUCCACAGAUAUCCUGGGACACGACCUGCCGCCAAUGCAAGACAUUGGUAUCACCGGGCUAUAAGCUCUUCAUACUUCUUCCUCGCCACAACACCUCCUGACCCACUGAGUAGUUUCGUCCACGCGGCUCAGGAACGGAAAAUGUCCGCUGUUGAUGCUGGUCACAUGGAUCUUCCUCGCCUCAUCCUCUCGUGCGCUUCCGGCC